AUGUUGAGAUUAUUGAAGCCAGUGUCAGCGACACAGAGAUUUACUCAGCAAUUUGUGAGGUUUGCUUCUAGCAAGAAGAAAUAUGACGUUGUUGUUAUUGGAGGCGGUCCUGGUGGAUACGUUGCUGCAAUCAAAGCUGCACAAUUAGGCUUGGAAACUGCUUGCAUUGAAAAAAGAGGCGCAUUGGGUGGUACCUGCUUGAAUGUCGGUUGUAUUCCUUCAAAAUCGCUUUUGAACAAUACUCAUUUGUUGCAUCAGGUGCAGCAUGAAGCAAAAGAACGAGGUAUUUCCAUAAAUGGCGAAGUUACUCCAAAUUUCCCAAACUUGAUGAAAGCUAAGGAAAAGUCAGUUAAACAAUUGACUAGCGGUGUUGAAAUGUUGUUCAAAAAGAACAAGGUGGACUAUUUGAAAGGUACCGGAUCUUUUGUUGAUGAAAAAACCGUGAAAAUCGAACCAAUCGAACAAGGCAAAGAGCCAUUUGAAGUGGAUGCCGAAAACUUUAUCGUUGCUACAGGUUCAGAACCAACACCAUUCCCAGGAAUCGAAGUCGACGAGGAGAGAAUUGUUACUUCUACAGGUAUCUUGCAAUUGAAGGAAAUCCCUAAAAGAUUAGCUAUUAUUGGUGGUGGUAUCAUUGGUUUGGAAAUGGCCUCGGUUUACUCAAGAUUGGGAUCAAAGGUUACUGUGCUAGAAUUCCAAAAUGCUAUUGGUGCCGGUAUGGAUGGUGAAGUUGCCAAGGCUACUCAGAAGUUAUUGAUCAAACAAGGCUUGGACUUCAAAUUGGGAACCAAAGUCACCAAAGGUGAACGAGAUGGGGAAGUUGUCAAGAUUGAAGUUGAAAAUGCCAAGACGGGAGAAAAGAGCAAUUUAGAAGCAGAUGUAUUACUAGUUGCCAUUGGAAGAAGACCAUACACCGAAGGAUUAAAUUUGGAGGCUGUAGGUUUAGAAAAAGAUAACAAGGGCAGAUUGAUCAUUGAUGAUCAGUUCAAAACCAAACAUGACCACAUUAGAGUCAUUGGUGAUGUCACUUUCGGACCAAUGUUGGCACACAAGGCUGAAGAAGAAGGUAUCGCCGCUGCAGAAUUUAUCAAAAAGGGAUACGGACACGUUAACUAUGCAAAUAUUCCAUCUGUCAUGUACACUCACCCAGAAGUAGCUUGGGUCGGUUUAAACGAAGAACAGUUGAAAGAAAAAGGUAUCAAAUAUAAAGUGGGUAAAUUCCCAUUCAUUGCUAAUUCAAGAGCUAAAACUAAUUUGGAUACUGAUGGGUUUGUAAAGAUUAUUGCCGAUGCUGAAACCGAGCGGAUUUUGGGUGCUCAUAUCAUUGGUCCUAAUGCUGGUGAAAUGAUUGCUGAAGCCGGAUUGGCUUUAGAAUAUGGUGCUUCUACGGAAGAUAUUGCAAGAACUUGUCAUGCUCACCCUACAUUAUCUGAAGCUUUCAAAGAAGCUGCUUUAGCUACUUUUGAUAAACCAAUCAACUUUUAG